AUGGUCUCGCUACUCCGAACUCUGCGCAGUGCGCGCCGGGUAGGCUUGAAGGAAUGGUGGAGGCAGAUGCAGUACAUUGGCGAUGCCAAAUCUGGCACAUAUAUCGGCAAGGACCAGUUUGGAAACAGGUACUACGAGAACAGGAACGCGGAGGAGGAAAUUCCUGGUCGUCACCGAUGGGUAGACUAUGCUCAACACUUUUACCAAGCAUCACAAGUACCUCCCGAAUGGCAUUCGUGGAUCCAGCACAUCCGGAAGGAUCCCCCGACUCAGGAUUCUAUCAUGCAGAGCUCGAGGCAGCCAUGGCAGCAGGAAUGGACCGAAACCUUAACUGGAACCCGUGGAGCGUACAAACCGUACAACACCGCCGCUCCCAAGAUAAAUGCUUGGGAACCCAAAGUGACCUCCCGUGGUUAA